AUGCAGGGUCUUGCGGAUGGUCCCGUCAAGACUCACCUGUUCCGGCUUGAACUAGAUUCACUAGAACAAGCCAUUUCCAUUGCGGAGCAGGAAGACUUCAGUCUGAGACAGGCUCGCGCCAGCUCGACAUCAUAUCGUCAACCGAGACGAUAUGAAAACGGAGGUCCAGAGCCGAUGAAACUCUGUUCUGUAGAGAGCGAGAAGGCUCGCUCUACAGACUACAAGAAGUUGCAGAGAUGCAACAGAUGUCAAAAGACAGGACACUACGCUUACGAGUGUAGUGCCCCUCGUCCAGUGUCUCGCGACACUGGGCGUAGUGACCGUCCACCCAUGAGAAAGGGGCAGGGACGAGGGUCCGCUGUUGGUGCAAAGACGCAACAACGGGAUGGACCGUCAAAAAACGGACAGGAUCAGUAG